AUGGGGUGCAAGGGCAUGGAGGAGCUGGAGGAUGCUCAAAACCACCACCGAGACCUGCGGUGCUCACGGUCAGGAUCGGGGACAACGGGGAGCAAAGCCCCUUGUUGGGGGGGACACCCCUCAAGGGGCAUCGGGGCGGCGCGCGCGGCCGUGCUGGCGGUGGAGGGGCUGGAGCGAGCGGCUUGCUUCGGCAUCAUGGCCAUCUUGGUGCUCUGCCUCACCAGCAGCACCUUCGGCUGGGGCGGGGGGGGCACCUGCCUGCGCUUUUGGGGGGCUUCCUACCUGCUCUCGCCCGUCGGCGCCUGGCUGGCUGAUGUCUACCUGGGCUGCCACGGCACCGUGGCUCUCAGCUUCUCGCUGUGCCCGCUGGCGGCACGUUUGCUGCCCGUCACCGCCUCACUGGACGGCCGCCUCCCGCUCUGCGGGCAGCUGACCGCCACCGCCAGCCGAACCGCUCUUGGCACGGCACUGGGACGUGCCGGUGGCACCCCCCCCCCCCCCCUCCCCGAUGUCUAUUGUGCCCCUGCUGUCUACACUGGCCUCCUGCUCUUGGCGCUGGGCAUCAGCUCCAUCAGAGCCAACCUCACCCCCUUCGGCGCCGACCAGGUGAGGAACCGGCGCGGUGGCAUCACACGGCGCUUCUUCAACUGUUCUACUGGAGCCGUCUUCUCCCUGCUGGUGGUGGCCUUUGUCCAGCAGAACAUCAACUUUCUGGGCUACCUCAUCCCCGUCACCUGUAUGGCCUUGGCUCUCCUCAUCUUCCUCCUGGCCACCCCCACCUUCACCACCAAGCCCCCCACGGGCAGCCAGGUCUGCAUCAUGAUCAAGCUGAUCUUGCAGAGAUGUGGCUGCACCUGGCUGGGGAGGCUGAGCACUCGCCGGUGUGAGCCUGGAGACCCUCUCCACAACAGCGGAGCCCAACCUGGAGCCCCUUCUCCUGAGGAAGACCUUGUCAACUUCCAGAUGCUGGCCCGGAUCCUGCCCAUGAUGUUGACCUUCAUCCCUUCCUGGGUGGUCUACUUCCAGAUGCAGUCAACUUAUUACUUGCAAGGUCUGCACUUCCACAUCCCCAGCAUCUUCCAGUACAACCAGGACCACACCAGCACCCUCCAGGGCUACACGUUCCCAGGUGCUUGUCUACUCCUGGCCAUCCUGGUCUUGCUAGCCUUGGUGCCCCUGAAGGACCACGUCAUGGACCCCUUCCUAGCCAGGAGGAGGCUGCUGCCCUCGGCGCUCGAGCAGAUGACGCUGGGCAUGUUCUUCGGCCUCGCGGCAGGCAUCCUGGAGCGGCUGCAUAACGGGACGGCGCCGCAGCUCAUCGGCAAGGGCCACUGCCCGCUGCCCAUCUGGUGGCAGGUCCCCCAGUCCCUGCUCAUCGGCCUCAGCGAGCUCUUCACCAGUAUCCCCAGUGAGCGCCUGGAGUUGGCUGACGCCGAGGCUCCCGACUCCAUGAAAGGAGCCGUCAUGGGUCUCUUCUUCUUCCUCUCCAGGGUGGGCUCGCUCUUGGGGUCGGGGCUGCAGACCCUCCUCUCCUUGCCCACCCCGGGUGGACCUCUGACCACCCCCAGGGAGCAUCAAUAGCUGGUUAAGUGUUUCUUCCUGCUGGCCGGGAUCCAGUCGAUCACCUGCCUGCUCCUCACCUGGAUCUCCAGGCGCUACCGGAGCUAGCUGCCGUGACCAGGUGUCCCCCAACUCUGCACGGGGCUGAUGUGGCGAUGAGGCA